UUGACGAAUGUCUGACGCACUUUGAAGAACAGGGUUUAUCCCAACAGAAUCGAAUCCAUACCGUUAUCCACUAAGCCACCCUCCGCUUUUGGCUUCCACCCAAAAUUGUCUCCAUUCUGCACCCAAACCGUGAACCCAACUCCCACACUCUGCAGUCUACUGAAUCGAAAUUUGGUCCUGUUCCAACGGCAUGCAUUUCUUGAAUUUUGUUGUAAAACACUGAUGAGGAUGCUGGAAAAUGUGGAGCUGUGUACGUUUUUUUAAUGAGCACUUCAAUACUCUUCUGCCCGAAUCCCAUCUCUCUGAAGCGACCCACUUCCGGUAAUUACUUGUUCCUUGGCGGGUCAUCGCCAUUCAGUGGUUCCGAGGUCCAAUUGACCCAUUGCCGGAGUUGGAAGAGAAGGUUCCGGAAGUUAAUUCCCCAUGUCAAGAAAAGGAAUUCUAAGAAGAGCAGGGGUAGGAAGAGUUGGUGGCAGAAGUUCUUCGACGAGGAAGGGAACUGGUUUGGUUUGAAGGACGAUGAAAUGCUGGAUGAGGUGGAAAUAGAGGAGGGAUUGAGCGGCGGCGGGGAGGAGCUGUCGGAGGAUGAGAAGUUUGAGGCCUGGAAAAGACGAGCGGAGGCCAUUAUAGAGUUGAGGGAAGCGCAGGAGGAUAUUAGGAACGAGGAGAAUAGGAGGUGGGAGGACUGGCUUGUGGACCCCACUGCUAUUGAUCUUGGCAAUGGUUCUUCGUGGGUACGGAGCUCCAAUGGAAAUCCCGAAGAGGGCGCUGUGGGGGACGAUCUCAGUGACUUAAUUCCUGUGAGGGGAUUGGUUAAAUCAAUGAGGGAUAUGGUGCUUGGCAGGGAAGAAGAUGACAUUUUGUAUGAGGAUCGCAUAUUUCAGUAUGCCUCCUUCAAUUCGGCUAAGUUUUUGGCAGUGUUGAUUAUUAUUCCAUGGGCCUUGGAUUUUUUAGUUCAUGACUAUGUUCUUAUGCCCUUUCUGGACAGGUAUGUGAAGACUGUACCACUUGCAGCACAGAUGCUUGAUGUGAAAACAAGCCAGAAGCGUGAAAUGAUUAAGGAACUCAAACUUGAGCAAGCACGAUAUCGUCUUGAGGUCGAGAUUGGUAAAUCCCCACCUCUUUCUGAGAAGGAGCUUUUCAUGGAGCUUCAUCAGAAAGCGUUAGAAAUGCGGGAUGAGCGGAGGUUAGAAAAUCGCCGAGCAUUUGCUAAUAUAUGGUCGGAUGCUGUAUUUGGCAUCUCAUUAUUCAUUCUUUUGUACUUCAAUCAGAACAAAGUGUCUUUGCUCAAAUUUACAGGUUACAAAUUAAUAAAUAAUGUCUCAGAUACUGGGAAGGCCCUUCUCAUUAUUCUCAUUACUGAUAUAUUUUUAGGGUAUCAUUCUGAAUCUGGUUGGCAGACUUUGUCAGAGGUAAUCGUGGAGCAUUAUGGGUUUGAGGUUGAUCAGGCUGCCAUAACGAUAUUUGUUUGCAUUGUUCCAGUUGUCAUCGAUGCAUGCGUGAAGCUUUGGUUGUUCAAGUACCUACCAAAGAUAUCCCCAAAGGUGUCAAAUAUUUUCCGGGAAAUGAAGAGGCAUUAGAAGGAUUGUUUUCCGAUCCUCUCCAGCACCUAUUGCAAGAGUUCAUCUCCCGUUCUCUCGUUUACACGAUUUUCCAACUCGCCAUUUUCUUCUCUUGGUCUUGGCUAUAGAGGAUCCUGGAUAUGGAACCAUGAGUCCAUGACCCGAAUUUAAUUGUCUUGGAUAUAUUCACACAUAUAGCCAUAGUAUAUCUGGGAAUGUAUGUAUGUAUGUAUUCCAACAAAUUUUGUGGUUCUUGUCAUUGAUUCCCCAAUAUAUAUUCUCAGAGGUCUGGAAAGCUCUCCUUUACCCGUGGAGUUGUUGAAGGCUACAGCUGAAGAAAAGUUGUUGUGCUUGCCAGUUGCCACCCUCUUUUCUUUCUCAUUUGUAAAACUAUUGCCAGACUUAUUGUCAAAACAAAAUACUCUUCACAGCAAAUUGAAUUUAGCAUCUAUUAGGUAAAAA